AUGCCUCAAGCAAAGAAGAAAAGUACAGCGCCCCUGACCUCAGCGCCCCCGGGCCGUGCCCAAGGCCGACUACACGGCCUGCCGUCGCCCGCGCUGUGCUGCGCCUGUGGCUUGUGCUUGCUGCUGGCGGGCCUGAACGUGACCCUGGUGGGAGCUUUCGCCGUCUCCCUGCCCGGGCACAACGCACCACUGGUGGUGGGACCGGCGCUACUUGUGCUGGCGCUCGGCUUCUUCGCUGCUUGCUGCAUGUGCAGCCGCCGGGGGCCCGUGUCCCGCGCUCGCUCCUCAGCCACCGCCAGCCAGGGCGGCGGGCGCGCAGGGACCGUGGCACUGGAGAUGGAGAGCAGCGAGCGCACAGCCCAAGACACGACCGCAGUACAGUUUAGUCCUGCCGCCUCGGCAGCAUCCUCUGGCCACUCCAGCCCCGGGCCCGGUCUCUUUGCCCUGGACCCUCCUGCGCCAGCAACCUUGGCAGGCUACUUACCGCGCACCGAAGGGACCCAGCUCAACUUCCCUAGGGAACUGGCUGCCUCCUAG